CAGAAAGCGAAACACAGAAGGCCUUGCAGAAGUACACAAGCAGGGGAGGUGCUGCCUGCUGUCUGGUUUGAUAAUAGAAUACUUCUCUAGAUCGCACUGAAUUGCACCAUGGCUACAUUUUUUGGAGAGGUUGUGUCCGCUUACUCCCGAGCUGUGGAUGAAGGUGAAGACGAGUCGGAGGAGGAGGAAAACGAAGAAGAUCGGGAAAUCAGGAACGAAAUCCAAAAGAAAAGAGAAGUCCAUGUUCAUUGGAAUCCAGACAUCACAAACUCGAUAGACGCCUCCAGCGCCAAAGCCUUCCAGUGUUCAGACCUUAUCCUAGCUGCAGGACCCAAUGCUGCAGGAUUCCUGUCUGCCUUUGUUCUGAGCUCGGGGAGCUGGGAGACUGUGGGGUCUGUCACCCUCUGGAAUGAGAGAUGCAAAACCACUGCCAAUCAGCAGCUCCCUGCGGGUCCAUCCUGCGUCUUCCACAGACGAACAGACAAGCCAGACGUUCUGAUUUGCCAGUGCACUUGUCAUGUAGCAGAAGACCAGCUUUUCCAAUGGGCAGAGAAGGUUUUAGGCAGCAUUCAGAAAACAGGCCUGACUGUGACAGUGUUGUCAGAUUGCUCUGUAGUGGAGUACAAAACACCUGAUUCAGUCUCCACCAUCCCUGUGCCCUUCCUGAGAGCGCUGAAGACACGCCAGUACAAGGAGGUGCCACUCUGCCCUCUUCUGGAGCAGCCCAAUGUUGUCACUGGGCUCCCUGCAGCAGUUCUCAGUCACUGUCAAGUCUUUGGGAUCCCGGCUGUCUUGUACCAGUGUUACAGUGAUGUGGUUAAGCCUGAUUCAGUCACUGUGGAGGCUUACAAGCCCACGGUGUCUUGCAGGAGCCUCAGUCGUAUAGUGAAGCUGGAUUCGUCCGAGAGUGUAGACGUAUUGAAAAAGCUGGUGAGAGUCAAUGAAGCACAAAGUAACCUGUACACCUGAGUUUGUAAUUUUAACAUUUUUUUUGUGUGUUUGCACUGCUCGAAAUCUGUAUUCUAACAUGCUAUUAUGAAACAAUUUGAACAGAAAAAGAUAAUAAAAAAAUAGGCUUACAAAAUGAAA